ACCCUGCCUGCUCUCCAUUCUCUCCAGGAAUGAAGAGAAGGAUUAUCAACUAUGACUUCAGAGCUGAGGAUUGUGCUGCUGGGGGGGAGAUAUGCAGGGAAGAGUUCAUCAGGAAACACCAUCCUGGGCAGAGAGGAGUUUGACCUGAGGACAGCUGCUCAGUGUGUGAAGAGACAGGGAGAAGUAGCAGGGAGGCAGGUCACUGUGGUCGACACUCCAGGAUGGUGGAGGGAUCUUCCUGUAGAGAGUACUACUGAGCUGGUUAAACAGGAGAUAGUACACAGUGUGUCUCUGUGUCCUCCAGGACCCCACACUCUCCUCCUGGUCAUAUGGCUGGAUGUAUCAUUCCUAGAGGAAGAGAGAAGAUCAAUAGAGGGACACCUGCAGCUUCUCAGUGAGAGAGUCUGGAGUCACACUAUAGUUCUGUUCACUUGUGGGGACCGUCUGGGAGACGCAACCAUUGAGCAGCACAUUGAGAGAGAAGGGAAGGCCCUCCAGUGGCUUGUUGAGAAAUGUGGGAACAGGUAUCAUGUCCUCAACAAUAAGAACAGGGGUGAUGACACUCAGGUCACUGAGCUGCUGGACAAGAUGGAGGAGAUGGUGGCAGGAAACAGAGGAAAUGAUUUUUACCAGACGUCACAACUGUCUAUGACAAGAGCCAGGAGCUGCCCUUUCUUCCCUCCAAAUAUGAGUGGAGACAGCAGAGCUGAGAGAGACGAUGGUUCUGGUUGGAUAUCUGAGACUGGAUCUGAAGCUGGGUCAUUGUGGAGCCUUGAGAAGAGGAGAGAUGGUAGAUCUGAUCUCCUGUCUCUGGGGAGCUCUGGCUACGGCUCCCAGACCUCCAUACUUUCUCACCACAGUUCAGAGAGUAACCCACACAGAUCUCCACACAGCAGAUUAAACCCUGAACCUGCACACAGCAGGGAACCACAAGGACCGGCGUCACCACUGCCUGUGAAAAGAGCUGGGAGCUACAACUUCCUUCCUCCAAACAUGAGUGGAGACAGCAGAGCUGAGAGAGACGAUGAUUCUGAAGCUGGAUCACCGCUGAGCCUUGAGGAGAGGAGAGAUGGUAGAUCUGAUCUCCUGUCUCUGGGGAGCUCUGGCUACGGCUCCCUGGGGUCCAGACUUUCUCACCACAGCUCAGGGAGGACUGAGCACGCUCAGAAGGGGUCUGCAGAGGAGCAGCUGCACUCUGCAAGACUGGAGUUUGUGGAGCGAGUGACGAUGCCUGUCCUGGAUGAUCUGCUGGAUGGACUUCUGCAGGAGAGGGUGAUCAACGAUGCUAUUAGUAACAUAUAAUGUUACUAAUAUAGUUUAGUAUUUACCGAUUGAUGAAGUUACUGGAAUGUCAUGUGUUCGAUGCGCGCAUACCUCUUAUGCCUGAAUUAAUAUAAAUCAAUAUUCAUAAUAUUUUUAACAUGGUUUUCCAAUUGAGUUUUUUUUUCAAAUCCUCUCAAUCCUCUUAAACGUCUUCAACUUUCAAAUCCUUCUUCUUCCUAAAUCCUUCAGCUACAGCCACCAUUUAAACUUUAAAAUGUUGACAAAACCCUAAACUAUUUUUUUAUUCCGCUUUUUGAUAUCUAUUCAACUUGUUUUAAUAUCACUGAUUAUGUUUCAUGAGUUUUUCAAACUGUUUCUGAGAUUUACAUGGGUGUGUAUGUGAGAGCCUAGAGUGCUGACUGAAACGCUUAGAGUGGAGGGGAGCUUCGAAAUCAGUUCCAAAAAGUAUUUCUAGUUUGCCAUCAUUGCCACAAUUUUCACUCUUCAUGCUUCAUUUUUGGAUCAAUAGAUAGCUAAUUUUGUGCUGGUCGUAGACAGUUGUCUGUGGAAUCCAACAGACGUACACAUUUGUUCAGAGCCCCACGAAAGCGAGACAAAGUCCAACCCUCGCCCCAUAGAGACCAAUGCAAAUCUGGUGACACAUUUCUCAGAGAAAGCAGAAGUUAGACGUUUUUGAAACUGCAGGUAGAGUCGUAUUUCUGACCGCAGACAUAUAAAGGAUAUCUCUGGUCUUGGGUCUCGGAAAAUAUCCUUAUUUUUUGGAUUGGACGUAUAGUUUUGCGUCUAGGUUAACUUGUUAACUAUUCUCUCGCCCUCAGCGCGUUAGCAAUCAUAGCAAUCGUGUCUGUGUGGCGUGUCUGUGUGGUUGCUAACCACACAGACACUCAGUCUCUUACACAGGUGAUUGGUAUUAGCUGAUUAGUGGAGUCACAAGACAGAGCUAUUCAGUCAACUCGUCUCAUUAAAAGACUAAGAGCACUAUAAUUUCAGCUACUAAAACGAAUAUACUACUUCUAUUACUUCUACAGUUUAACAGUUCAGCUUUCAGCUUCUCCCGCAUUGUAUUUCAGCUCUUAGCAUUGUUAGAUGAUGCAGUUCAGUUUCCACACUGCCUCUUUUGUGUGACUCACACAUUUUUGAAAUUCAUUUCAGCUUGCGGGUAUUUUCUCAUUUCUGUAUUUUCAGCAAUUUAAAAAAAAUAAUUUCAUCUUUCAACAUUCCAACGUAUUUUCUGCAGGAAAUGCCUUUCUAUUUUAAAGUAAAUUUGUUUGGCUGCAGAGGGAAUUCUUUUUUUUUGUUUUUUUUAAUCAAUUUUGUUUAUUAUUGGAAAAACACAUUUCAUGCUAUGAAGGCUAUACUUAUUUUAUUUAUGUAAAUCUAUUGUUUAAGAGUUUAUACUUUAUACUGUUUACAUACACAUUGUUAUAUUUGUAAUAAUUUACAUCCUGCUGAGAUCAGCAAAUGUUUAAAUAAAA